CCGGAAGUAUUUAUCAUUGGAGUCCUUGUGCUGGUCCUGAGCAUGGCGGGGUUCGCUGAGCUCGGGCUGUCGUCAUGGCUCGUGGAACAGUGUCGGCAGCUGGGGUUGAAGCAGCCCACUCCGGUGCAGCUCGGUUGCAUCCCGGCCAUCCUGGAGGAAAGGGGUGCCAGCAUAGAGCAAAGGCAAAAAUGGCUGGUAUGCUGAUUUCAAGUCGGGACUGCUUGGGCUGUGCAAAAACAGGAAGUGGCAAGACAGCAGCCUUUGUACUUCCCAUCCUGCAGAAACUGUCUGAGGACCCUUACGGCAUCUUCUGCUUGGUCCUGACACCCACCAGGGAGCUGGCCUACCAGAUCGCGGAGCAGUUCCGGGUGCUGGGGAAGCCCCUGGGCCUGAAGGACUGCAUUAUUGUCGGCGGCAUGGACAUGGUGGCACAGGCACUGGAGCUGUCCCGGAAGCCUCACGUGGUCAUUGCCACCCCCGGGCGCCUGGCCGACCACCUGCGCAGCUCCAACACUUUCAACAUGAAGAAAAUUCGAUUUCUGGUGAUGGAUGAAGCCGACCGGCUGCUGGAGCAGGGUUGCACUGACUUCACUGCGGACCUAGAGACCAUCCUGGCAGCCGUUCCAGCACACAGGCAGACACUGCUCUUCAGUGCCACACUGACCGACACACUCAAGGAGCUUCAGGGCCUAGCCACCAACCAGCCCUUCUUCUGGGAGGCGCAGGCCCCCGUUCGCACAGUGGAGCAGCUUGACCAGCGUUACCUGCUGGUGCCGGAGAAGGUGAAGGACGCCUACCUGGUUCACCUGGUCCAGACCUUCCAAGACCAGGUGGAGGACUGCUCCAUCAUCAUCUUCACCAACACCUGCAAGACCUGCCAAAUCCUUUGUAUGAUGCUUCGAAAGUUCAGCUUCCCCGCAGUGGCGCUGCACUCCAUGAUGAAGCAGAAAGAACGCUUUGCAGCCCUGGCCAAGUUCAAGUCCAGCAUCUACCGGAUUCUCAUCGCCACUGACGUGGCUUCGAGGGGCCUGGACAUCCCCACCGUGCAGGUAGUCAUCAACCACAACACCCCUGGGCUCCCCAAGAUCUACAUCCACCGAGUUGGUCGCACAGCCCGUGCAGGGAGGCAGGGACAGGCCAUCACGCUGGUGACGCAGUAUGACAUCCACCUGUUGCAUGCCAUCGAGGAGCAGAUCAAGAAGCAGCUAGAGGAGCUGGCAGUGGAGGAAGCCGAGGUCCUGCAGAUCCUCACUCAGGUCAACGUGGUGCGCCGGGAGUGCGAGAUCAAACUAGAGGCGACUCAUUUCGAUGAAAAGAAGGAGAUCAACAAGCGGAAGCAGCUUAUUCUGGAGGGAAAGGACCCUGACCUGGAGGCCAAGCGCAAGGCGGAGCUGGCCAAGAUUAAGCAGCAGAACCGUCGCUUCAAGGAGAAGGUGGAGCAGACACUUCGACAGAAGAAAGCUGGCCGAGGGGCUCGGCCCCCAGCAUUGGCCAAGGCCCAGGCAUGAGCUGAGAACCUGCGGCCGCAGUGUCCCUGGGAUGCUGGGCGGCGGCAGCCAGCCGCAACAGGUGCCAGCAACGUCACGCACUUGUACAGCCACUUCAGAAAUGUAAUCCCGGCAUAGCGCCGCUCAGGGUUCUAGAAAACUACACAGUGCAAAGCUCAGGACAGCCGGGGUCCCCUGGGCCCUGGCAGGGCCCCUUGGGAGCACAGACCCUCCCAGGCUGACUAGGGCGCCGCCUCU